CAUAAGGUAUACACGAAGCUUGGAAUUUUUUAACCUUCAUGUCUUUAUGCAAAAAAACAAAUAUUUAGCGAAAAACAUAGGUUUGCGCGUUGUUGGGAUAAUUUAUUUAUCAGUUAAAAAAAAACUUAUCACACCAAAUACCACCGUUUUUACAAAUCCUUGACUAUCCUUCUAUAUAAAAGCGAAACCACUCUACUACAAAAUCCAAAACUAAAAUGGCUUUCAGAGCGCUUUUCCUGUUACUUGCAGUCGCAGUUUGCGUAAGUGCUUUCCACACCCACAAAGACCGGCAUGCACUGAAAACAGCUGCCCGCCAUAAUUCCGAACCUACCACUACAGAAUCCGCUUCAACAUCAGCGUCCAGCUCUGAAUCUUCGCCUUCCACAGAGAGCACCAGUCAAUCACCAACUUCUGCUUCUACAGCUUCGCCAACCACAGAAGGUACAACUCAAGCACCAACUUCCCAAGAAAGCGCCUCCACUUCAGAAACUCCAUGCGCAAGUUCGAGUGAAAGUGCAACUCCCGAACCUGAGACAUCGACAUCUCCAGAAUCUACAUCUGACUCUGCAAGUUCUUCAACUUGUUCUUGUUUGAAGAAAAUAAAAAAUGAAGUGGAGGUGGCAUUCCACGCCGCCAACUCGGUCGAAGGUAAGCAUUUGAAUCGUCAUCAUGGCGGUCAUGAGAAACAUCGCCAACACGAGAAGGGUCAUCACCAGCAUGAGAAAAGAGAGCAUCAUGGAAAUCGUCACCAUCACCAAGAGAGCAAAGCGGGUCAUGGAAAUCUGAGACACGCUCACCAUGGAGGUGAAAAACAUCACCAUGAAGGAGAGAAACGUAACGAAAAAAAAUACCAUGGUCAAGAAAAACUGGGCAUCGAAUUGGGUCCUGUUAAAAUCGAGGCUUGAAUAAGUGCUACUUGGGAUAAUUUUUUUUGGUUUUACAUGUGUACAAAAGGGUUCAUUUGUCUGUAUUUCCAAUAAAAAUAAAUUAAUAUUGAACCAAGCAAAACCAU